AUGUCGAGAUAUGGCGGUUUCAACGAACAAGUAUUCCGAUCUUCAGUGGAAAAUGCAAUGAAAACUGUCGAGCAAAUAUUGGAAGCAAAUCGAAAUCCUAAAAUGGCAGGUGAUGUGGAUCACAAAUAUGAAAACAAGUACAAUCUUGCGGAACAGCUCUCAAAUAUGGCGAUUGCCUCGCACAUGAAUUGUUUUGAACAACUAGGAUUGACUCUGAAUAUUCUACAGGAAUUAAAGGCUGCAGCUUCAUCCAGCAAUAACGCUUUAUCCCAGUCGGUUACUUUGCGCUUCCAAGCAGCCGAAGCCUGUACUUUCUUGAACGAACAGAUUGUGGAGGUGCCGUCAUCCACUACUCACAAAACGGAAGAGACGGAAGAAAACACGUUUGGAGGAACCAAAAAGACCACUUCCAUCCACUCGUUCAUGAAACGUGUCAAGGAAUACCACUGGAAAGUAGAUGUCAAGUGGAUUAUGCGAGCUUUUUGGGGAUCGGAUCAAGAUCAAGGCACCGAACUUCAGAGUCGAUCCUCGUCUAUCAUUGUUGUUACUCAAUCGAAUCACUCGCCAAUUGCCAAAAUUCGUGAGCACCCACCCAUUGACAUUCUUCUAAACUGGUUUGUGCAGCAUAUUGACCCAGUGAAAAAGACAACUGUAUUUCACAUCCAAACCAAUGAGGCAAAGACUCCACGUCGUAAUGCCCAGGUGGAUGAGGCCUUGGACUAUUUUAAUCGCAUGGAGCAAUGGGCCUCCCAUGUCCGUUCCUAUUUUGCAUAUGCAUUGCAGCGGGGUGUUAUCGAGAAGCACGAUCCAGUGGUCAAGGAAGCCAACGAUAGUUCCUGGUGGCUCAAUACCUGCGCAUCGAUCGGAAUUCCUGUCCCAAUUCUUCCGAUUAUGGACGACUCGAUUCCGAAUGACAGCGUUCCAAAUACUAUGGCAACGGAGCGCCUCAGUCAGUCCCAGCUCGCGAUCCCCGGUGGUUCCACAACAUCAGGAGUUAAUGUCAAUAUGACGGGUGAUGAUUGCAUCAAGCUAUUGAACGAACACGUCCGGUCACUGGAAGAGAAAGUUCAGACUUUGCAAACGGGAUUUCCGUCAUCACAAACGACGAGUGUAGUAUCUUCUGCUGAAGCCAAGAUUGUGGUGCUGUGUGUGCACAUGGGGCACCUUUCUGUACAAUACAAAGAAGCCAUCGAUUACAUUGAGGACAUGCUGGAGAAGCAGCUCUUUGCUGCGAUUGGGAAACGAGUCACCACAACUGAUUUGGAAGAAUUUGUUCGGUACCAUAAUUCUCGCUUCCUUCAGCCACCGCCCAAACCAUUUUGCUAUUCCAUUGGUCGACCCCAACAUUAUCCAUAUGGAGUGAUAAGCUUGGAAAAGACAGACGGUGGUGAGCCCAUUCACACUCUGACGCGCCAGGUAAUGUCAUCGCCUCCCCUCAAGGUGCAGUUGACAGCAGCUACCACUGUCAAUCUGACAGGGAAGACGCAUCUCCACGGCUGGAUGAAUUUUCGAUCGCAAGGUGAGAAUAUUUCAAACUCCUUUCGACUGGUGGCGCGUGCUCGACAAUUCUCUUCCUUCCUUUUGGUGGUGGGGACAAUGAUGGGAGUCGAUGAAUUGCAACCGAAAGAUGCCAUCAUUAUUCAGAACAAAGACGAAGUUAUGAUCCCAUUGUUGCUGAAUGAGUUGCCAUCAGCGAAGGAAUUCAAGGAUGCGAUUCAAUCCCUGUCCCCCGAGCAGCGGCGAUUUGCAGAAGCCUUCCGUAGUAUGCAGCUUUCCUCUUCGGUAUUUGGAAUUGCGGUCAUUCAAAUUAAACCACAGCUGGAAAAAUUGUUGGGCAUCCCAGAAGACUCGCUUGCCAAGGAGAUCAAGUUGACCCAAGAUCUCAUGGAACUCUUUGUGGAGCAUCAGGUACCAUCUGAUCUAUUGUCAUAUGAUGGCGAACCGUCUGCUUCUGUCACCUCGAAAGAAAAAGUGGACGUUGUCAAGUCGCAUGUCGAGUCGGUCUUGGGUGUAAUCAAUUCGGAAAUGGAGAAUCAAUUGGAAAAAGCUACUAUGAAAGCAGACAUGGCUGCUGAAUCAUCUACAAUGUUUGGAGCCCCUGCGCGAUUUGGGGGUUCUGCGCCUCAACCAUUUGGAAGUCAUCCCUUUGCUGCUGUUUCGAUGGCAGCACCAGGUGUUGGUGGUGGCUUGUUUGGCACGCCUCCACCACCACCACCACCUGUUGCCGCUAAUAGAACUGGAGCAGCACUUCCAGAGGCAUCGUCCUCUCCGGCAUAUUCUCCCCCGCCGUCUUCCCCAUCAGGGGAUCAUCAUCAUCGGACGCCCACCCCUCCGAUUGCCGAGGACACUGCUUCCGCAUCACAGAACCUUUCGGGUAGCAAACGCAAAACACAACACCAACAACAUCAAACGGAAGGUACAAGUGGUAGUAGUAGUAGCAGCAGCAGCAGCAGCAGUGCGUUGGACUUUUCGGCCAUUCCAAAAGCUUUGAACAAACGAAUCGAACAGUUUGAUAAGGACAGCGCACUUCGAUCUACUGUCAUCAAGACCACCAAGACUUGGACACGAAGACGACAAGAGAAUCUGUUGAAGAAUAAGCCAUCUGAAUCAACAUUGUCGGGAAGCGACGUUCGAUCCGAGACCAACCAUGCAUUUGAUCUUUUGGACGCUCUGAGCUGCAGUGGGGCAUUAUCGAUUCCGUACUCGGAAUUGCAUGUGGUACUCUGUGCCAGUCAUUGUUUCCAGAAAAGCGUAGCGGACACGAUCAUUCAAGACAAUGUGAAUCCGAUUGAACGAUUGGAAUUGUCAACGCUACUCCUUGGAUCUGUGAUCCACGGAGCUACACCAUGUCAAUUGGUGACUGCUGGAAGUGAGCGGCAACGGAUCGAGUCUACCUUUCCUGCCUUUUCCAAUUUGAACAAUGGUUAG